AUGCCAGAGAGCAGUGUUGACACUGCAAAAUGGUGGAAGUCUCGUAACCUUCGAACCUUGAACCUGCUCUUGAUAUUCCCCUUGCUCUCCAUCUUCACCCAGGGCUUCGAUGGUUCCAUGAUGAAUGGUCUGCAGUCUGUGGAGAACUGGCGCAACUACUUUGGCGAACCCAAGGGCGCAACUCUCGGUCUCUUCAACGCUGCCUACCCCAUCGGCGGCCUCUGUGCGAUUCCCUUCAUCUCCUUCGUCAGUGACACGUUCGGGAGGCGCGUGGGCCUGGCCACCGGUGCCACCAUCUGUGUGAUCGGCGCGACAUUGCAGGCUGCGGCGCAGAAUCUCCCCAUGUUCGUCGUGGCUCGUGGUAUCCUGGGCUGUGGCACGGUCUUCCUCGGAUCCUCCGGUGCGCCCCUCAUCACUGAGAUCGCUCAUCCCGCCCACAGAGCGACAGCCACAGCCCUGUUCAACACCUCGUAUGCUCUUGGGGCCAUCAUCGCGGCGUGGACGACCUUUGGCACCUUUCGCAUCGCUUCGAGUGCCUCUUGGCGCAUCCCCUCGGGUAUGCAAGGUCUCCCGUCCAUCAUUCAGCUACUAGGCCUGUACUUUGUGCCAGAAAGCCCUCGCUGGCUCAUCUCCAAGGACCGGAACGAAGAAGCCCUUGCCAUUGACCGCGGGAGCGCGUUGCAGAAUUACCUAGAAUUUGUCAGAACAAGCGGCAACCGCAAGCGACUUUUCAUACUGCUCUGGUGCGCCUGCAUCAGUCAGAUGUCUGGCAACGCCUUUAUCUCCUACUACCUAUCGCCCGUCCUCACCUCUGUUGGUCUCACCACCAGUCUGGAGCAGACCCUGAUCAACGCCACGCAGCAGGUUCUGUCCUGGCUGUCCGCCCUGUACUUUGCCACCCUCCCCGAGAAGCUGGGACGCCGCACGCUCUUCCUCGGCUCACUGAGCGCCAUCUUUAUCUGCCUUGUGAGCAUCACGGCCGGGAGCGCCGUGUUUGCCAAUGACUCCAGCAACAAGGCCGCUGGCGGUGCGGUCGUGGCGUUCUUGUACCUAUUCUCGCCGGCGUACAACUUUGGUCUCAACGGCAACCUGGGCUUGUACAUCACUGAGAUUCUCCCCUUCAAUCUGCGUAUGCGCGGCCAAGCGUGCUACCAGCUGUUCGCAACGUGCUUCACUUUGCUGUCGACGUAUGCCAUUCCGGUGGGGCUGGAGAGGAUGGCGUGGAAGUUCUACCUCAUUUUCAUUCCUUGGGUUUUGGUGGAGACGGUGGUACUGUGGUUUGUCUUCCCAGAGACAAAGGGUCCGACGCUGGAGGAAAUUGCGGCUAUCUUUGAUGGCUUGGACGCGACCAUCUCGUCACCAGAGAAGGUGGAUGUCGAGAGGGCCGAGGUCGAGCACAAGCACUGA